GCGCCGGGCGCUGCUCGGAGGCCGCCGGCACAAAGGCCGCCAUGGCCGGGUACGUGCCGGGGUUGCUCCCGGCCGACCGCAGUCAGGAGAAGGAGUUCGUGCAGGCCUACGAAGAUGUGCUGGAGCGCUACAAAGAUGAACGGGACAGAGUCCAAAAGAAAACCUUCACUAAAUGGGUCAAUAAACACUUGAUGAAGGUGCGCAAGCACAUCAAUGACCUCUAUGAGGACCUGAGGGACGGCCACAACCUCGUCUCGCUGCUGGAGGUGCUGUCGGGCGUGAAGCUGCCCCGCGAGAAGGGCCGGAUGCGAUUCCACAGACUGCAGAACGUGCAGAUAGCGCUGGAUUUCCUGAAGCAGCGGCAGGUGAAACUGGUGAACAUUCGCAACGAUGACAUUACAGAUGGAAAUCCCAAGCUCACCCUGGGGCUCAUAUGGACCAUCAUCCUCCACUUCCAGAUCUCUGACAUCUACAUCAGUGGGGAGUCAGGGGACAUGUCAGCCAAGGAGAAACUGCUGCUAUGGACACAGAAAGUGACAGCGGGUUACAUCGGGGUGAAGUGCACCAACUUCUCUUCGUGUUGGAGCGAUGGGAAGAUGUUCAAUGCGCUCAUCCACAGAUACAGGCCGGAUCUGGUGGACAUGGAGCGGGUGCAGAUCCAGAGUAACCGGGAGAACUUGGAGCAGGCCUUCGAGAUCGCGGAGCGGCUGGGGGUGACGCGGCUGCUGGAUGCUGAAGACGUGGACGUUCCAUCUCCGGACGAGAAGUCGGUGAUAACUUACGUGUCUUCAAUCUACGAUGCCUUUCCCAAAGUCCCUGAGGGAGGAGAAGGGAUCAGUGCCAUCGAGGUGGACUCGAGGUGGCUGGAGUACCAGACCCGCUUGGAGUCCCUCAUCUCCUGGAUCAAGCAGCACACGAUACUCAUGUCAGAUAAAUCCUUCCCCCAGAACCCCGUAGAGCUGAAGGCACUUUAUAACCAAUACAUACACUUCAAAGAAACUGAAAUCCCAGCAAGAGAGCAGGAGAAGGGAAGGAUAGAGGAGCUCUACAAGCUGUUAGAGGUGUGGAUUGAGUUUGGACGCAUCAAAUUGCCGCAGGGGUACCACCCCAACGACGUGGAGGAGGAGUGGGGCAAGCUGAUCAUCGAGAUGCUGGAGCGUGAGAAGCUCCUGCGGCCGGCGGUGGAAAGGCUGGAACUGCUGCUACAAAUCGCCAACAAAAUCCAGAACGGCGCUCUGAGCUGUGAAGAAAAACUCACACUUGCAAAGAACACACUGCAAGCUGAUGCUGCCCACCUGGAGGCCGGCCAGCCGGUGCAGUACGAGGCCGACGUCGUGGUGUACCUGCAGGAGUGCGAGGGGCUGCUCCGCCAGCUGCAGGUGGACGUGCAGAUCCUGCGGGACGAGAAUUACUACCAGCUGGAGGAGCUGGCGUUCAGGAUCAUGCGGCUGCAGGACGAGCUGGUGACGCUGAGGCUCGAGUGCACCAACCUGUACAGAAAGGGCCACUUCUCCACGCUGGAGCUGGCGCCCGCACCCACCCUGAGCACCACGCAGCUGAAGGGCGAAUCCCUGACCAAAGGGCUGCACACCUCAUCUGCCUCCUGGUUCAGGAAGCCCAUGACCAGGACGGAGCUGGUGGCCAUCUCCUCCUCUGAGGACGAAGGCAGCCUGCGCUUCGUGUAUGAGCUGCUGGCCUGGGUGGAGGAGAUGCAGAUGAGGUUGGAGCGGGCAGAGUGGGGCAGCGACCUGCCCAGCGUGGAAACCCAGCUGGAGACACAGCGGCACAUCCACAGCAGCGUGGAGGAGCUGGGCUCCAACGUCAAGGAGGCACGGCUGUAUGAGGGUAAGAUGUCUCAGAAUUUCCGCGCUAGUUACACAGAGACGCUCAGCAAGCUGGAGACACAGUACUGCAAGCUGAUGGAAACCUCGAGCUUCCGACUGAGGCACCUGCAGAGCUUGCACGGCUUUGUGUCUCGGGCCACCGCCGAGCUGAUAUGGCUGAAUGAGAAGGAGGAGGAGGAACUGGCCUAUGACUGGAGUGACAACAACCCGAACAUCGCAGCUAAGAGAAACUACUUCUCGGAGCUGACGAUGGAGCUGGAGGAGAAGCAGGACAUCUUCCGCUCCCUCCAAGACACCGCUGAGCUGCUGGCCCUGGAGAACCACCCCGCCAAGCAAACCGUGGAGGCCUACAGCGCUGCUGUGCAGAGCCAGUGGCAGUGGAUCAAGCAGCUCUGCCUGUGCGUGGAGCAGCACGUGAAGGAGAACGCUGCCUAUUUCCAGUUCUUCAGCGAUGCCCGUGAGUCGGAGACGUACCUGCGCAACCUGCAGGACUCCAUCAGAAGGAAGUAUUCCUGUGACCACAGCACGAGCCUGACGCGGCUGGAGGACCUGCUGCAGGACUCCAUGGAUGAGAAGGAGCAGCUCAUCCAGUCGAAGAGCUCCGUCGCCAGCCUGGUGGGACGGUCCAAGAGCAUCGUUCAGCUGCGGCCCAGGAACCCGGAGCACCUGGUGAAGAGCACCAUCCCCAUCAAGGCUGUGUGUGACUAUCGGCAGAUCGAGAUCACCAUCUGCCGGAACGACGAGUGCGUGCUGGAGGACAACUCGCAGAGAACGAAGUGGAAGGUGAUCAGCCCCACAGGAAACGAGGCCAUGGUGCCCUCCGUGUGCUUCCUGAUCCCCCCUCCCAACAAAGAGGCCAUCGAGAUGGCCAACAGGGUGGAACAGCUGUACCAGAAAGUGAUGGCUCUCUGGCACCAGCUCCACAUGAACACAAAGAGCCUCAUCUCCUGGAACUACCUUCGGAAGGACAUUGCCUUGGUGCAGAGCUUCAGCAUGGAAAAGCUCCGCUCCCUGGCGCAGGGGGAGUGCCAGCAGGCGCUGAGGAGCCUCCAGGCGCACUAUGAGGACUUCCUGCAGGACAGCCGCGACUCCGAGCUCUUCUCAGUGUCAGACCGUCUGCGCCUGGAGGAGGAGGUGGAGUCUUCCAAGGAGCACAUCCAGCAGCUGCUGGAGUCCAUGGAGAACGAAGACAAGGAUGAGACAGUUGCCAGGACGUAUCUCUCUGAGCUCCAGAACGUCCGCCUGCGCCUGGAGGAGUGUGAGCAGAGACUCGUGAGCCGCAUCCAGUCCCCCAGCAGCACCCGAGCGGAUGGUGACAGCAUCCAGGAGAACACCGUCCGCAUCGCCGAGCAGGAGCGCACACAGGACGAUCUGCAGCGGCUGAAGUCUGACCUGCGCUGCGUUUCGGAGCGCUGCUGCAGCUUCCUCAGCAGAGCACCCAGCGGCCCCAGCACACCGCGCCUGCGAGCUGAGCUCGACUUGGUGGUGAACAAGAUGGACCAGACGUAUGGGCUGUCCUCUGUCUACCUGGACAAGCUGAAGACGGUUGAUGUUAUCAUUCGUAACACCCAAGGAGCAGAGUCUCUGGUGAAGGGAUAUGAGGUGAAGCUGAGCCAGGAGGAGGCUGUCCCGGCUGACCUGACAGCAAUUCAGGCGCACAGAAGUGCCCUGCAGCAAUGGCUCGGGGAAGUGAAGGGCAAGAACUCAGUGUUCUCCGUGUUAGAGGAGGAGAUGGCGAAGGCAAAGGCAGUGGGGGAGCAGCUGUACCAGCUGAGACAGGAGCGCAGCAUCGACCUCGAGCGCUACCAGGAGAAGGGCAGCCAGCUGUGGGACCGCUGGCAGAGAGCCUGCGCCCAGAUCGAGACCCGCCACACAGAGCUGGAGAGCAUCCAGGAGGUGCUGAGCGAUUACCGCCAGUGCCACAGGGCCCUCAUCCAGUGGAUCGAGGAGAUCACCGCCCAGCAGGAGCUGAUGAAACCCGGGCAGGCGGAGGACAGCCGGGUGCUGUCAGAGCAGCUGAGCCAGCAAACGGCUUUGGCUGCAGAAAUUGAGAAAAAUCAAGCCAAGCUGGACCAGUGUCAGAAGUUCUCCCAGCAGUACUCAGCUGCUGUCAAGGACUAUGAGCUGCAGCUCAUGACGUACCGGGCGUUUGUGGAGUCGCAGCAGAAAUCCCCCAUGAAGCGCCGGCGCAUGCUGUCCUCCUCGGAUGCCAUCACUCAGGAGUUCAUGGAUUUGCGCACUCGGUACACAGCUCUGGUAACGCUGACCACGCAGCACGUCAAGUACAUCAGCGAUGCUCUGCGGCGGCUGGAGGAGGAGGAGAAAGUGGUGGAGGAGGAGAAGCAAGAGCAUGUGGACAAGGUGAAGGAGCUCCUGGGCUGGGCUGUGGGCCUGAAGCAGAGCGUGCAAGGCAGAACAGCUGCUGCCCAGAGCAGGGAGCUGGGAGACAUCGAGAAGUCCAUCUCAGAGCAGCAGGCCCUCAGUGAGGAGCUGGCUGCAAAGAAGGAGCAGGUCUCUGAAGCCAUCAAAACAUCACAAAUCUUCCUGGCAAAGCACAACCACAAGCUUUCCCAUCAGGAGAAGGACCAGAUUUCAGCUCAGGUCGCUGCACUGAAGGACACGUACCAGGCACUCUGCACUGACACCACAGAGCAGCUCCAGCAGCUGCAGAGCCAGCUGGCUCAGGAGACAGAGCACAAGGUCAACGAAGCAGUGGCAGGAGUGAUCGAUCUUGGGACAGUAGAGAUAUUCCCUGUCUUUGGUGCAAUGCAGAGAGGUCUUAUAGAUCAGGAGACCGGCCUCGUCCUCUUAGAGGCUCAGGUGAUCACAUCCGACUUGGUUCUUCCAGAGACCGGUGAAAAACUCUCCUUGGAGGAAGGUCUGGCAAGAGACAUCAUCAACCUCAGGACUUUCCACGUGCUGCGAGAGCUGAAGGAUGCUCUGCAGCAGGUGCAUGAGGUCAGACGUGAAGGGAGGCAGCUCCUGCCUGCUGCUGCUGCGAUAGAAGAGGGGAGGAUUAGUGAGAGCACUGGGCUAAAGAUUCUCGAGGUUGAACUUGUCACCGGCGGCUUUAAAACCCAUCAGGGCAGAAUCAGCAUGCAGAAGGCUGUGCAAGAGAGGCUCCUUCCUCCCCAGCUUUACUCCAGGCUGCUGUCCCACCUGGAGAGCAGUAAGGAUUUGAUUGACCCCAACACUGCUGAGAAAAUCAACCUAUCUGAGCUCAUGCAGCGAUGCAUCCUCCACCAAGACACCGGACUCAGGUUUCUCCCGGUCAAGCAGCUGGCAGGUGGGAUGGUGAGCCUGAAAUCAGGCAGAAAAGUCAGCAUCUUCCGUGCUGUCCAGGAAGGGCUGAUAGACAGACAGGUGACGGUGAGGCUGCUGGAAGCCCAGCUCUUUGCUGGUGGCAUUGUUGACCCCAGGACAGGGCACAGGCUGGCUGUGGACGAGGCUGUGAGACAUAAUUUAAUUGACCAGGAUUUGGCCUGCACGCUUCUGAUCCGGCAGCUUCAGACAGGUGGCAUCAUUGAUACGGUCACAGGAGAGAGACUGACAGUUGAUGAAGCUGUAAGGAAAGAGUUGGUAGCACCACGGGUUGCUUUAGUGAUCCUGGAAUCCCUCCGGUCCUUCAUGGGGCUCCUGUGGCCAGAGACAGGGGAGGUUGUCCCAGCUGCAGAUGCUUCAGAGCAAGGGGUCCUGUCUACAGAGCUGGCUUACAAGAUUCUCAGGAAGAGGCAGCUCAUUAAGGCUGUCUUUAUCCCAGAAACCACUGAGGUGUUGUCCUGGAAGAAAGCAGUGGAACAUGGCAUCUUAGAAAGAGAUGUGGCAAAGAAGCUGAAAUCCAUGGUGAUACCUGAUGUGAUGGGCAGCGUGCAGCUGGCAAGCAGGAGCUCCUCUGGAGGGAGCCCUGCAGGGCACCAGGGACAGAGGGACCCUGAGCUGAGGAGUGGUGAUGAAAAGCUGAUGUUCCACUUGAUGACCCACAGCUACAUCAACAUCCAUGACGGGCAGAAGCUGCUCUUAGUAGAUGGAGAGUUGAGCAACCUCACCAAAGACCUCAUCCAGACCCAAGAAAAUGGAUCCUGUGCACAGCCACUGGAAGAGAAUGAGAGCUUUGAAGAGACAAAGCAAACUGCAGUUCUUGAAAGAGAGCCUUGCAACGGUGUGGCUGUGCAGCAGCUUGAGCUGCAGCUUGCUCCUCCGCAGGAAGGAAGCAAGAAGAUCCUGCCACCCAGAUCCACUUUGGAGAACGGGGAGGUGGUGAUGGGGCCUGGAAGGCUCCUGUUGGACCAUGCAGGGCAUGUCCUGCAUGUGGAGGAGCAAGGGCAGGUUUGUACUGAACGGGCUGCCAGCCAAAGUGAAACUGAUGCCGAAUCUGGGAGAGAGCAAAUAGCUUCUACAAGCAAGGAGAAGCCAGGACAGCCCUGCAAAUCUGGCUCAGAGAAACUCAGAGAAACAGAGAAAAUGUUCAUUAAAGCAGAAGAGUCCAAACCCAUUGCAUCAGAUGGAGUGGAAAACAUCAAAGAUCAGAAGAGGGCAUUGGAAACGGGGGUAGGUGUUGUGAAAAGCGAGAGCCAUUUGGUGGUGCCUGUUGGCGCAAGCAGAGAGAGACUGGAAGUCGUGGCAGGGAGAUCUCAGGGUGCGAAGGAGCCUGCAUUAGAGGGAGAAGGCGCUGGGGAGAGUUAUUUACUGAAUGAGGAGACAGCUCAGAAUGGCACUCUGGGAGGAGCGGAGGCUGUGCUCACCAAAACUGCAGAGGCUGAGCAAAUGGAGCGCACUGAAAAUACUGUGAGCGUAUUGCACGUGGAAGAGGGACCGAGGGAAAAGGUGCUGGGUGGUGAGAGCGUUGGUGAUGCAGCCCUGCCGCAGCCCUCGGAGCGGGACGAGGACGUUCUGGAAAUGCUGCAGAUGCAGCUCCAGAGCGGCGGCGUUUUGUGUGAGCAGAUGGGCAGAACGCUGCUUCUGAACGAAGCUGUGGCCUGCGGUGCGGUGCCCGGCCACACGGCUGUGAAACUGAUGGAGAAAAUGAAGAUGUUCAGUGGCUUCUUUGACUCGCACACACGUGAAUCUUUAACCACUGAGGAUGUCAUUGAAGAAGGUCUGAUGGAUGAGCAGCUUCUGCAGAAGGUACUCGCGUCUGACAAAGCCGUCAGCGGUGUUCUGGACCCGGGCAACAACUUUGUCUACUCCGUCAAGGACGCUGCUGCCAUCGGCCUUCUGGACAAGGAGACGGCGAUGAGGCUCUUGGAGGGGCAGGUGGUUACCGGGGGCAUCGUCGACCUGAAACGUGGCAAAAAAGUGUCGGUCACUUUGGCUUCAAACCUCGGCCUCAUCGAGCCAGCGAGUCAGAAGGAGCUGGUCAAACUGGAGAAGGCUUCCAGAGGGAAGAGCACCGAUGAGGCCACCAGGCAGAAGCUCCUCAGCUUACAGGCUGAAACCAGCGGGAUUGUGGAUCCCCAAACCAAGCAGCCUUUGACUGUUGCGCAGUCUGUUGAAAGAGGGCUCCUUGAGAGAGAAAAAGCAUUUCAGCUGCUGACCAGGCAGAUCGCAGGCGGGGGGAUCCUUCACCAUGCGUCCGGGAUGAGGCUCUCGGUCGGCGACGCAAUGAAACAUGGUUUGAUCGAUGGAGAUCUAUGUGAUGAACUCACGAAGGCUGAAGGCGUUUGCCUGCAGGAAUGCAUCCACCCAGCGACAAAGGAAAAGCUGCCCUUGCCCCAGGCGGUGGCAGCAGGGAUUGUAAGCUCGGAAUUCCAGAGGAAAGUGCAAGAAAUCCAGGCUGGGACUGGAAGCGUUAUCGAUCCCAGUUCUGGGCAGAGAAUGGCACUCAGCCGGGCAGGGCGGGAGGGGCUGCUGCCCCAGGAGGUGGUGGAGAAAGCCCUGUCCUCCCCGGAGCUGAAGCACGGCAUCGUCGACCCCGAGAGCUGCAUGGUUGUGCCCUACGCCGAGAUGGUAAAGAAGUGCAAGAUUGACGUUGAGUCCGGGCAGAGGUACCUGGAGGUGCAUCCCUUCAGAGCCAUGCGGGACGAGGCGUCGGGCCGGGCGCUGACGUGCGCCGAGGCGCUGCGGCUGGGGAGGGCCGACCCCCUGCCCACACUGCGGCUGCUGCAGGGCCAGGCUGACAGCGGGGGCUUCGUGGAGGGGGCUGUCAGCAGCAGGCUGUCCCUGCAGGCUGCUCUGCAGCGGGGGCUGCUGGACGAGAGGAUGGCCGCGGUCAUUGGCAGCAGGCAGCUGAGGGCCGGGGGAAUUGUGGACGCCGGCAGCGGGAGAAGACUGGCGUUAGAGGAGGCUGUUGAAAAGGGGCUGAUUGGCCAAAGGUUAGCUGCUGCUAUUGAAGAGGCACAAAUGUCGAUGGAGAACGAUGGCUCUGAGGCCCUCAUGGUAGAUAAAACCCACCUUUCCCAGGCAAAGAUGGAGACGAUGUCUCCAAAGGAGGAAGGUGAGGUCCUGCGUGGCGGUGCUGCCAUGUCCGCCGGCACAGAGCACAAAGCCAGGCCCAAAGCUGCGAGUUCCCCAGCAAAAGGAGGGAAACCAAAGCUGAUCCCUCUGGAGGCUUCAGAGGAGAGCGUGAGAGAGCAGCGAGAAAUGGGCGAAAUGAUUCCAGGAUCCUCAGCACUGAGUGCAGCAUCUCUCUCUGUUGAGGUGGUGAAGGAGGCAGCAGAGACGGGGACUGCAGAAAGCAGCUCCCAUGUGUGGAAGGGAGCGGGAGGGGAAGCAGCAGAGCUGGGGACAAGGAAAGUAUUGGGAUUGCAGGAAGAGCUUCGCUGCACAGAGGAUGGCAAGGAGAGGAGGAAGGGGUUUGUAAGCACGGACGGAGCUCUGGCAGGAGGUGCAGCGGCAGCUUCUGAGCAAAGGGAGAGGAUGGGCAGCUGGGAGCAGGGAGCACAGGUGACUCCCAGGGAGUCUGUGGGUCUGGGAAAGGAGUUGGGUUCUGCAGCGCCCAGAGGAUCCCGCAAGGCCGAUGUCCCUGUGAAGCCUGCAAGAGACAAACCGGCAGAUGGAAGAGCUGUGGGAGAAACCCCCACACUGGAGACAGAAGGUCCGGGUGGUCAGGAAGGAACAGGGGAAAUUGAGCUAAAACCUGCCCAGAAACAAAAAAGCAGGAAAAGGAGAACAAAGCAGAUUGCUGUCUCAGGAGACAGCGCUCAGCUGGAGAAACCUGUAGAAAAGCAGUCCCUUCCCAUUCCAGUAUCCAAAGAAAUUCCAGGGAAGGAGGAAGAGGAGGAAUUUGUCUCAAGAGCUCCAGAGCCAAAGCCUGAGGCUGCCAGCAAGGAGCUUCCUGCUGGGUGGGCAGAAGAUGCAGCCGAGCAAAAGCAGAUGGAGAGCAGCAGGGAUGGGAAAGCAAAGCCAACCCUUGGGAAAGAUGCAGCAAAGCUGACGGGGGUCCAGGUGCUCCCCACCCCCCCAGAAGCAGGGGAAGCAGCAGCGGUGCUGAGAGCUGCAGUCAGAGUGGGGCCCCAUUCCUCUGCGGCGUUGAAGAUGGAGGGGAUGCUGAGCCAGGAGGAGGCUGAAGUGAAAAUCACCAGUGAUGCAUUUGUUGAAGUCAGUGAAAAACCAGAUGAGCUGAUCAUCAGAGAGGAACCCUCAGAAGUUCGGGACACCUGCACCCCCCCCCCGGAGCAGCAAGCAGCAGCCAUCAGCACAGACCGAGCUGCUGUGCCCACAGCCCCUGUGUCCCAGGGGGAUGAGCCCCAGGGAGAAGCAGCCCAGGAGAAGCCCCGGCAGGCGGGUCCUGGUGAUCGGGGGCUGCUCCUGCCAGUCAUCGUGGAGGGAGAGCUGCUGGAGACCUCGAGCGACUCUGCCAGACCUGCCCAGAUCAAGUUCAGCAAGAAGAUGUGCCUGGAGCACGACGAGAAGCUCAUCUCCUAUCUCUCCAUGCUGCGAGACAUUGAGAUGAGAAUUAAACGGGUGCAGCCGGCGGGGCAGAACGUGGAUGUGCUGCAGACACUGCUGCAGCAGGCAGAGGCCCUGGAUGCUGAGCUGCGGGAGCUCAGCUUUCCAGUGAAUCAGGAGUUGGACGCCGUGAAGCGGAUCGUGGCCAACCCGCCUGAAGAAGUCCCCGAGCAACUACUGAGAGCUUUGGAGAAGGAUGCCAAGAACCUCCAGAAGUCUCUGAGCUCCGCAAGUGAUAUCCUGGAGUCCCGGCUGCAAAACCUUCGUGGUGCAGCAGAAACCCAAAAGGCUGAAAUCACAGCACACCAUGAGACCCUCCAGGGGAAGCUGCAGGAGCUGCUGUGCUGGGUGUCCGGCACGGCGCAGGCGCUGGACGGCAGCGAUUACCAGCACACAUUGGAUGUGAGCAGUCUGAGUCGCUGCCUCCAACGCUAUCAGGAGCUGAGUGAGCCCCUUGCUGACACCAAGUCCCAGCUCGACGCCACCGCCUUCGACAUUCAGUUCCUUAUCUCGGAGCACGCCCAGGACCUGCGCCCCCAGCAGAGCAGGGAGCUGCUGCGGCUGCUCAAUGAGCUGCAGAAGGCUUUCCGGGAGCUGGCGGGGCGCGUGGCGGCGCAGGUGGAGGUGCUGCAGGUCUGCCUGCAGCAGGCGGAGCGGACGGAUCAGACACUGCAGGAGCAGCAGGCAGCCCGUGCACAGAACCUGGCCGAGCUCAGCUCCUGGCUGGCAGCGGCCGAGGACACGCUGGUGGAGCAGCAGCAAGCAGCCAGGCAAGGAGAUCUGCCUGCCUUGCAGCAGAGGCAAAGCGACGUGAAGGAGCUGCAGAGGAGCAUGCACAGCCGAGCCGCUUCCUUUGCCAGCAUCAUAAAAAGCACAGAGGAGUUCCUGGAGGAGAACAAGGCAAAGAUGGAGCCCGGAGAGCUGGCAGUACUGCAGGAAAAGCUUCAACGUGCCAAGGAGCAGUACCAGUCCCUGCAGGAGAGGACAGAGAUGGCUCAGAAGGAGCUGGAAAGUGCUGUGACUGCUGCAGUGCAGCAGGAGACAGAAAAGGUGAAAGCUGCCAAAGAGCUGCAGGAGAACAGCAAUAAGAUUGAUGCGCUCCUGAGCUGGGUGGCAUCGCUGGAGCAGAAGGGAGAGCUCCCACAGUACAGACCACAUCCUGCUGAGCGAGCUGGGAAGGGCGCAGACGACAUCCCUGAUGGGCACGUGGUGGGAGCAGCCAGCACUGCUGAGAGCCUGGAUGAGCAGUACGAGGGGCUGAAGGCCCAGCACCAGGAGCUGCUGUCCCAGCAGCAGGACGUCAUCCUGGCGACGCAGGCAGCGCAGGCGUUCCUGGACAAGCACGGCCACAGCCUGCCUGGGGAGGAGAGGGCCCGGCUGCAGGGCGGGCUGGCGGAGCUGAAGGAGCGCUAUGCGGCGUCCCUGGCGCGUUCCGAGGCGCAGCUGAAACAAGUGCAGGUGCUGCGGGACGAGCUGCAGAAGUUCUUGCGGGACCACGGGGAGUUCGAGGCGUGGCUGAAGCAAGCAGAGCAGGACCUGGAGGGGAUGUGCAAAGGGGACGGCGACCCCGCGUCCCUCCGGCAGCUGCUGCUCCGGCAGGGCAGCUUCUCUGAAGACGUCAUCUCCCACAAAGGCGACCUGCGCUUCGUCACCAUGUCGGGUCAGAAGGUGCUGGAUGCCGAGGGAGCUGCUGGGGAUGCGGGGUCAUCUGGGAGCGUGGUGAAGAGCAAGCUGGAGGAUGCCAGCCAGCGGUACGCCACGCUGCACUCCAAGUGCACCAAGCUCGGCUCCCACCUGAGCACCCUGCUGGACCACUACCAGCAGUUCCAGGAGGUGGCAGAGUCUCUCCAGAUGUGGCUGGAGGACAGCGAAGCUGCGGUUGGGAAGCUGCUAUCAGAGAGCAUUUCUUCAGAUCCCACAGCUCUCCAGGAGCAGCUGGCCAGCACUGGGCAGCUGCAGGGAAACCUUGCUGAGCAUCAGGUGCCAGUGGAGAAGCUCCAGAAAGCAGCUCGGUCUCUGCUGGAGGUGCAAGGAGAGCCGGCCCCUGACCAUGGGCACAUUCAGGAAACAACAGAUGCCAUCGUGAGCCGCUUCCAGAUCCUCUCCCAGCAAAUGGCCGAGCGCUCAGACCUGCUGCAGAAAUCCAUCGCGCAGUCCCAGAGCGUCCAGGAGAGCCUGGAGAGCCUCCUGCACUCAGUAGCUGAUAUUGAGAGGAGUCUGAGCACAGAGCAGCCGGGCGCGCUCUCCUCCGCCUCCAUCCAGGACUCCUUGGCCACCAGUGCGAAGCUGAAGCAGGACAUCGCCCGGCAGAGGAGCUGCCUGGAAGCCACCCGUGAGAUGGUGACGCGCUUUGCAGAGACAGCGGAUGGAAGCACGGCUGCUGCCCUGCAGGGCAAACUGGCAGAGGUGGCAGAGCGCUUUGGAAGGCUGUGCCAGCAGCAGCAGGAGAAAGAGGAGGUGCUGAAGGCUCUCCUGCCCAAGGUGGAGCAGUACGAGCAGCUCUCAGAGAAGCUGCAGCAGUUCGUGGAGAGCAGAGCGCGAAUGCUGGCAUCCGGGAACCAGCCAGAGCAAGACAUCGCUCACUUCUCCCAGCACCUCCAGGAGCUGAAUAUGGAGAUGGGGCAGCACCAGGAGGACCUGGCUGCCCUGGAGCAGCUGGCUGUGGAGCUGGGUGCCAGCAGCUUUGUGCCCGGCGCUGCUGCACAACAGGAAAAGCUGCAGAAUCUGAAGGAAGAGUUCCUGCAGCUGCAGAAGGCGGCAAAGGAGAGAGAAAGGGACGCCUCAUCCUGCCAGGAGCAGCUGGACGAGUUCCGAAGGUUGGUGGCAGCCCUGCGGAAGUGGCUGAAGGACAGCGAGGGCAAAGUGCCACCUGUGGACACCUCGCUGGGCACCCAGGAGCUACAGCGACGCAGGCAGCGGGUCCAGGAGCUGCUGGAGGAGUGGUCAGGGAAGGGCCCGCAGGUGGAGGAACUCAGCCACAGGGGGACCCUCCUGGAGAACCUGAUUGUGGAGAUCACGGCCCCGGACAGUCAGACCAAGGCGGGUUCUGUGCUGCCCGCAGUGGGAGGGCCUCUGGGCAGCGUGAAUGGAUUCCACACUUGCAAAGAUCUGACCGAGAUCCAAUGCGACGUGUCGGACGUCAGCCGGCAGUACGAGGGUCUCGGCACGGCGCUGCGGGAGCGCCUGCAGCAGCUCUCGGCCAUGCUGGAGAGGAUGCAGGCAGUGCAGGAGGAGGCGGGCGCUGUGCUGCAGUGGUUGGAGUCAAAGGAGCGGACGCUGUCGGAGCUGGAAGCCUCCUCUUCGCCCACCAAGACGGAGACCAUGCGGGCUCAGGCCGAGCACAACAAGGCAUUUCUGGCUGAAUUGGAACAGAAUUCUGGAAAGAUCCAGAAGGUAAAGGAAGCACUUUCUGGCUUGCUGGAGAAAUAUCCAGAUUCUCCAGAAGCAGCAAACUGGAAGAAGAUGCAGGAAGACCUGAACUGCAGGUGGGAACGCGCCAGCCAGGCGACGGCCGAGCGGCAGCAGAAGCUGGAGGAGUCAGCCAACCAGCUGGCCAGCUUCCAGGCGGCCGAGGCGCAGCUGCGGCCAUGGCUGAUGGAGAAGGAGCUGAUGAUGAGUGUGCUGGGACCCCUCUCCAUCGACCCCAACAUGCUGAACGCACAGAAGCAGCAGGUCCAGUUUAUGCUGAAGGAAUUUGAAUCUCGCAGACAACAGCACGAGCAGCUCAACCAGGCAGCUCAGAGCAUCCUCACUGGCCCCGGGGAUGUUUCCCCAUCCACCAACCAAGUGCGGGAGGAGCUCCAAGGGGUCAACCAGAAAUGGUCCGAGCUGACAGAACGCCUCAACUCCCGCUCCAGCCAAAUUGACCAAGCCAUAGUGAAGAGCACCCAGUACCAGGAGCUCCUCCAGGGCCUCUCCGAGAAGGUGAAGGCGGUCGGGCAGCGCCUGAGCAGCCAAUCUGCAGUCAGCACGCAGCCCGACGCCGUGAAGCAGCAGCUGGAGGAGACCAGCGAGAUCCGCUCGGACCUGGAGCAGCUGGAGGAGGAGAUUGCAGAGGCUCAGACGCUCUGUGACGACCUGUCUGUUCUGAUUGGGGAGCAGUACCUCAAAGAUGAGCUGCGGAAACGGCUUGAAACGGUGGCUCUUCCUCUCAAAGGACUGGAAGACCUGGCAGCCGACCGGAUGAACCGACUGCAGACCGCGCUUGCAAGUUCCCAGCAGUUCCAGCAUAUGUUUGAUGAACUCAGGGCCUGGCUCGAUGACAAACUGUGCCAGCAAGCUCGGAGCCAACCUAUUUCUGCUAGACUGGAGAGGCUCCAGAGCCAAAUUCAGGAGCAAGAGGAGUUCCAGAAGAGUCUCAACCAACACAGUGGCUCCUAUGAGAUGAUCGUGGCUGAGGGGGAAUCAUUGCUGCUUUCUGUCCAACCUGGGGAGGAGAAGACCGCUCUGCAAAACCAGCUGGUCAGCCUCAAAACACACUGGGAAGAGCUGAGCAAGCAGGCUGCCGACAGGCACUCCAAGCUGAAGGACUGCCUGCAGAAAGCCCACAAGUACCAGAGGCACACGGAGGACCUCCUGCCUUGGGUAGAGGACUGCAAGGCCAAGAUGUCGGAGCUGGAGGUGACGCUGGACCCGGUGCAGCUGGAGGCCACGCUGCUGCGCUCCAGGGCUCUGCUGAGCGAUGUGGAGAAGCGGCGCUCGGUGCUGGAGAUGCUGAACAGCGCCGCCGACAUCCUGAUCGACGCCUCGCAGAGCGACGAGGACGACAUCCGCGACGAGAAGGCUGCCAUCAACCAGGAGAUGGACGCCAUCACGGAGGAGCUGCAAGCCAAGACAGGCUCCAUCGACGAGAUGGCGCAGAGGCUCAAGGAGUUCCAGGAGAGCUUCAAGAACAUCGAGAAGAAGCUGGAAGGGGCCAAGCACCAGCUGGAGAUCUUCGAGGCUCUGGGGCCGCAAGCCUGCAGCAACAAGAACCUGGAGAAGCUGAGGGCGCAGCAGGAGGCGCUGCAGGCGCUGGAGCCGCAGGUGGAUUACCUGAAGCACUUCACACGAGGGCUGGUGGAAGACGCUCCCGAUGGGUCAGACUGCUCCCAGCUCCUGGGCCAAGCGGAGGUGGCUCAGGAAGAGUUCAAAGCAAUGAGGCAGAAAGUGAAUGACUGCUGCGUGCUGAUGGAAAACAAGCUGGAAGGGAUCGGCCAGUUCACGGGGCGGGUGAGGGAGAUGUUCUCGCAGCUGGCAGACCUCGACGAUGAGCUGGACGGAAUGGGGCCCACCGGGAGGGACGCCGACAGCCUGCAGUCCCAGGCAGAGGACGUUCGCACGUUCCUGGGCAAGCUGCAGGGGCUGAAGGCCGACAUCGAGGCUUCUGAAAGUGAAUGCAAGCAGAUGCUGGAGGAUGAGGGGAGCCCCGAUUUACUGGGGCUGAAACGUGAACUGGAGACGCUGAGCAAGCAGUGCAGCAAGCUGACCGAGAGGGGCAGGAGCCGACAGGAGCAGGUGGAGACCACGCUGGCACGCGUCGAGGACUUCUACAGCAGAUUGAAGGAGCUGAGCCACAUGGCGGCGGCGGCGGAGGAGAGCGAGGCUCUGCAGGGGGUGGUGGGCACCGAGGUUGAGACCAUCAACCAGCAGCUGGCCGACUUCAAGGUAGGUCCUUGUGCUGCAGCAUUUCUUACGUGGCUCUUUGUGUUUGAGGGCUGUCCUUUGGUGCUGUGGUCUUUUGGAUAGGACCGAUGUCUGCUGGGAAGGAGCAGGGAACCGAGCUGUUGUGGCUCCGUUGGUUUUUUUUUGCUAUGUUGGCAUUUUGGAUGCAGUAAAAUGCUGUUGCUUUGGAGGAUACAAAACCAACUGCUGGCCUUGAUAGUCUGCGCUGAAAAGAUGCAGUAAGAUUUUGGGACUGGGAGGAAAAAGGUCUUUUCCCACCUCUCCUUGCAGUGUGUAAUGGUGGGCCAGUGCCUCCUGGGCCUUUGGAGGUGGUUGAUUGUAGGUUUGGGGGAGGAAGGAAUGUGUUGGGAUGUUGGCAUAACCUGAGCAGGUCUUUCUACCUGGUGCACCGUUCCCACAUGUUGUUCACUUCUGGGAACACACGUGCAUCCAUUUCUUCUUGCCUUGGGUGCAAAUAAAGCCACAGAUAAACUGUGGCGGGUGGAAGACACACGGGGAGAGACACCAAGGCAAAGUUCACUUUGUUAGGUGGUUUUUGUGUUUCCAGCUAAGAGCUGCUAGGGACCACUGAGGCUUGCAUAAAAUACUUACAAAAGAGUUGGAGUGUGUUUGAGUACUGUAAUUUUUUAAACAGCAUUGUGGUGUUGGGUCAUGCUGUUAUUCUACGUUCAUUACAUUAACCUUCCUAGAGUUUUCUUGCUGUGAAACUCGUAUUGCUGAUGUGCUGAUGAUGGGCUGACUUACAUCU